CUCCCCCCUCUUUGUUCUAUCAAUCUGGUGGAUUUAUCUACUUUAACAAAAGAGAGUCGUACGAAAACAGUGCAUAGUCAGCAAGUUGUGCAAGAAACCAAGGACCGCUCCAGUCCUCUUCUGCUACGGUCAACCGUGAAGUGAAGAGCAAGAGGGCGAAAAGAACGAGGCACGUGACGCGGCCUCCAGGCGGAUGACUGCAUCGACACGACGUCAAAAGAUCAAAGAGCGAGAAGAAGAAGAUGGAACAGCCCGUCGCAAACAACACGAACUCGCCGCGUUCAGUGUUGCCAAAUCAUAUUAUAAAUGCCAUCUCGGUUUACCGGUGCCCUCCAUUCUUAUCCAAGCACAAGAAAUGCAACUAUCUACCAGUCACAGCAUCCGAUCGAACCAAGUGACUACUGCCGAGCAUGGAUGACACGCCCUCCCUCUUGAAUGAACUUGAGAACGAGUAUUGCCCUCCUCUGGACCCCGCUCUUUUCGUCGCAAUAGUGAGCGAUUAUGCCCUCGACGACCAGUCUGCCAUCCAGCAGCUUCGAGAGACUCUGGAUGCAUUAAAGAUAUCUGCAUUUGAACAAGAAGAUGCCAUUUUUGACCCGUCAGGAACUAGCGGGUUUGAUUUUCCGGAGGACGCAUCGGCCAUUGCCUCUGCACAGAGCGAACCGCAGACCUUAGGGUCUCAUGAAACCAACACAACAAGCCUUGGAUCAACUGUCUCUUCACUCGGUGUGGAAUCAAGCAACGACCCUGGACAGAGGACCGGAGGUAGAAAUAGUGAUUCAAAGUGGUCGGGUGACUCUACAACCGCCGUAAAGGGCCUCAAUAGGUCGAAUUCGGAAGAUCAAGCGGAAUAUUUAAAUGAGAUGUUCCCUUCAAUCGAUCGAUAUACUGUUUUACAUACGCUUGAUAAAUAUGGUGGGAAUGUUGACAAGGCAAUGGACGUGCUGUUGAAUUUAUCGUUUUUUGAGAACGGUCAGACUUCUGGGACGGACGAGGACCAGAUCUCGGUACCUAAAGGAAUUGAGGGAUUCGAACACUCGAUCGGUAACGGCAAGUCGCGUAGGAGAGGCAAAAAGAACAAGAACAAGCAACAUUUACAAAAUUUGUCUGGAUCUGAUCUCUCGCAGACCUCCUUAAGCGAUACCAGUGGGGCAAAACCUGAAAAUAGAUGGGAUAAUGGGAAAAAAGAUAUGGAAUUUAUUUGUUCGAAAACACUUCUGGCCAUGUCAACUAUUAGUUCAGCAUACCAUUCAAAUGGCGCGUCACUUCCAGCAACUAUCCGUGCUCUUACAAGAGAUGAAGCAAAGAAUUAUUCGACAGAAGACGUGGAAGACGAUGUGACUCGCACCCAAAUUGCCGAACUACAGGAGGAAUUUCCGGCGCUCUCUCAUCAGGAACUUGUUAGCCUCCUCAGGUUGACGAGGAAUUGCAUAUCUGCCGCGAACGAGUUAGCAAGAAUAAUGGUAAUUGAACCGAUACCCAGCCUUGUACAACCGGAAUAUCGAGCAACCGGGCCGUCCGGUUCACUCCAAGCUACCACUAACUCAACUACAUCCCGCACGCCUACCAGGACUUCAUCCGUUCCUGCGGCAACAGCUGUUAGACCAAACUACAACCCUAUCGUCAGCCGCGCCAUUGCAGACAGACAUCUCAUUGCAAGCCAGCAGGCGUUUGAAAAAGCUCACUCCGCUUAUCGCCGUGGAAAAUCGGACCGUCUUAUGGGUGGUGCAGCAGGAUAUUACUCAUCCCUCGGUCGCGAGCAUUUUGAGAAGGCGAAGAGAGAGUCAGCCAUUGCUGCUGAUGCACUUGUCUACAGCCAGUCAACAAGCAGCGUACUAGACCUGCAUGGGGUGAGCGUGCAGGAUGCGGUGCGGAUCGCAAAACGGAGUGUGGAAUCCUGGUGGGAGUCUCUAGGUGAUGAGAAGUACUCCAAUCGUUCGCGAGCACAGCCUGGAGCACGAAGCUACCGUGUCGUUACUGGGCUUGGACGGCAUAGCAAGAAUGGUACUGCAAGAUUAGGUCCUGCUGUUGCUCGGUGCCUGGUACGAGAGGGAUGGAAGGUUGAGGUUGAGCGAGGUGCGCUGGUAGUGACUGGCCAAGUUGGUUAUUGACGAGGCGUCCAUGUCCUUGAUUCUAUACAGGCGGUUUUCCUCGUAGUGAAUUCUCGCUAGGUUGUAAGCGUCUAGCCUUUGGAGUUUUGAUACCCAGCUUUGUCAGCGUUGGUUUUUGUCAGUGCUUAGAUGAAAAGAUAGUAGUACAGUAGACUUGCUAUCUAUAAGGUAUACUAUGAAUAGAAAUGAUUUCAAAUAGCUAAAUAGCAACAUCGCUUAAGCGCUCCGGCUCGCGGAUGCUUCGCCUUACUGAUUCCAC